CUCUCCGCCUACUCCAGCCUCCGCCGCUUCAGCUUCCCGAGCGAGCCCUGCGGCCGCCGGAGCAUCUCCCGCGGCGGAGCAGGAGCCGGAUGGUCAGAGGAGCCCGGCAGUCCCAGCAGCCGCGGAGUCGCCUGGCCCCCAGACUGUCUGGCACAGUGGAGAAACCACCUCGAAAACGGAAAAGCAGGUGCUUGUGCUGCCCGGGAGAUAUGUGCAUGUGAGCCAUCAAGGACCAGCAAUAUUAACUCUCUCUCUCUGGAGCUGGCGUUUCAGGAGGUUGUGAGUCACCCCAACAUAGGACUGAAUUUACUCUUAAAGAAACCAUGUCCUCUGGAGGUGCUGAAGAUGAUAUCCCACAGGGAGAGAGGAAGACAGUUACAGAUUUCUGUUAUCUUUUGGAUAAAUCCAAGCAACUGUUUAAUGGCUUAAGAGAUUUGCCUCAGUAUGGACAGAAGCAGUGGCAGUCCUACUUCGGAAGAACUUUUGAUGUUUACACCAAACUCUGGAAAUUCCAGCAGCAGCAUCGACAAGUCUUGGAUAAUCGGUAUGGCUUGAAGCGGUGGCAAAUAGGGGAAAUCGCUUCCAAGAUCGGGCAGCUGUAUUACCACUAUUAUUUACGAACUUCUGAGACCAGUUAUUUGAAUGAGGCUUUCUCCUUCUACUCUGCAAUCAGACAGAGGUCAUACUACUCUCAAGUCAACAAAGAGGACAGGCCUGAGUUGGUUGUUAAGAAACUCCGAUACUAUGCAAGAUUUAUAGUAGUUUGUCUUCUUCUUAAUAAAAUGGACGUUGUGAAAGACCUGGUAAAGGAAUUGUCUGAUGAAAUUGAAGAUUAUACUCAUCGCUUUAAUACUGAAGAUCAAGUUGAGUGGAACCUGGUGCUCCAAGAGGUAGCAGCAUUCAUUGAGGCAGACCCUGUAAUGGUGUUAAAUGAUGAUAAUACCAUUGUUAUCACAUCCAAUCGCCUUGCUGAGACAGGAGCCCCCUUGCUGGAGCAAGGCAUGAUAGUGGGACAGUUGUCUCUGGCUGAUGCACUCAUUAUUGGUAAUUGUAACAAUCAGGUCAAAUUCAGCGAAUUAACUGUUGACAUGUUCCGGAUGUUACAAGCCUUGGAAAGGGAGCCAAUGAAUUUAGCUUCCCAGAUGAAUAAGCCGGGAAUACAGGAGCCAGCUGACAAGCCUACCAGACGAGAAAACCCACACAAGUAUCUACUCUACAAACCGACCUUCAGCCAACUGUAUACAUUCUUAGCAGCGUCUUUUAAGGAGCUGCCUGCCAAUAGUGUGCUUCUGAUUUACCUGUCAGCCACUGGCGUUUUCCCCACAGGUCGUUCUGAUGGUGAAGGUCCUUAUGACUUUGGAGGUGUACUUACUAAUAGUAACCGGGACAUUAUCAAUGGAGAUGCAAUCCACAAACGAAAUCAGUCUCACAAAGAAAUGCACUGCCUUCAUCCUGGAGAUCUGUAUCCAUUCACAAGGAAACCCCUGUUCAUCAUUGUGGACUCCUCCAAUAGUGUUGCCUACAAGAAUUUUACAAAUUUGUUUGGACAGCCACUCGUCUGCCUUCUUUCUCCCACGGCAUAUCCAAAAGCUUUGCAAGAUCAGUCUCAGCGAGGUAGCCUCUUCACGCUCUUUUUGAACAAUCCUCUAAUGGCCUUCCUAUUUGUGUCUGGAUUGUCAAGCAUGCGUAGAGGCCUGUGGGAAAAGUGUCAAGAAUAUCUUCGAAAAAUCAACCGUGAUAUUGCCCAGCUACUGACCCAUUCACGUUCAAUAGAUCAGGCCUUCCUCCAGUUUUUUGGAGAUGAAUUUCUUCGAUUGCUUCUCACAAGGUUUGUCUUCUGUUCAGCCACCAUGAGGAUGCAUAAGGCCUUUCGGGAAACUCGAAAUUACCCAGAAUCCUAUCCACAACUGCCAAGGGAUGAAACUGUGGAGAAUCCUCACCUUCAGAAGCACAUUUUGGAAUUGGCCUCCAUUCUGGAUGUUCGAAACAUCUUCUUUGAGAAUUCUAUGGAUGACUAUUAAACCCUCCUGUUUAACAGUUUUUCAUUUUCCACAGAUUUUAAAUGGUGCAGUUUUUUAAUGUAAUGACAGAGACAUAGUGUGUUACUUGGUUUUUAUUUUUGGAUUUAGGAACCACCAUUUUAAAAGCAAACUGAAAAAAAAGUUCAAACUUUUAGGGUAACUUUUAAAAUAUAAUCUUUCAAGUCUUUUAAAGUCUCAAUCUUGAAAUUUUUAAUUUUUGGUUUUGACAUUAGAUACUUACCUCCAACAUCUACCCCCAUACUCAAAUAGUUACUAUUGCCACCUUUAGAAGAACAUUGUGUUUAUUUUUACAUAAUAAGGGCAAUCCGUAAGUUACACUUGGACCUUUAAAUGUCUGGAUUCGGGAAAUACCUAAUUGUUCAUAGUGGUGAACAAUGGCCCCAUGGACUGCUGAGAACCGAGAGCAGAGCCCUUCUGCGGAGUUUCUUUCACUCCACACUAAUAGGAAAAUAAGUUACUCUCUGAUGUGCAACUGAUGUCUUUAGAUUUCUUAAUUUCAUUAAAUGUCAAAUUUUUAGAACCUGUUUAGAAUUGGUUUGCAUCUGGAAAUUAAAUCUUAAAUUGGAACUUUAAGAUGACAGAUAUUACUUAGAAUGUGAGUACUAUUAUAUUUGUUUGCAUAUUUUACUUUCUUUGUGGUCUUUGAAUGCUAAAAUGCAAAGGAAAAUACUUUUAAAAUAUUUUAGACAAAAAUCAACUAAUUAGGUUUUCUUUUGCCGUUGGUUUGUCAAGUCAUUGGUUUCAUAAUCCUGUGAUGUCUCCAGUAGGAUUUCUACACAGACUCUUCGUUGAUUGGUUUUAAACAAUGUUUUCAUCAGUUCCUUGGUAUUCUCAUUGCACAAUUUCUAAUCUUUUUUUCAUAUUCAAAUUUCCAAGGCAUCAAUGUUAGAGAGACUGUCAGUGUGAGUUGAGGAUAACUGGGUGUUAAGAAAGUAAAUUGUGAGUUAAUUUUGCUUUGACAAUUUGGAAGUAAGAUAUUAAAACUCCCUGUGUUUUGUUAUUUUCUAUUCAUGCACAAGAUGUUUCAUUAUUUUAAAUAGGACUCAGUAUGUAUAUAAAGAUUUUUGUAUGUUCUUCCCCUCCAUCUCCUUAAUAAUCUCAAAGGUACUAGCUGUGAAGGCUUUUCCUUCCCAGCCUCUUGGGGUUGCAUGGCGUUUAAAUUUAGAAAUCUGUGAAUUGUAAGCCUUCUGCUUAUGUUCAUGGUCUACCCCUGACAGUUCCUGGAGAAAUGAGGUGGUUGUUUUCAGAUCUCUUUCCUGUGUCCCUAAGGAAAUUUUUGAUGUGGUAUUUUAACCUGUUACUCUCGCUAGCGCAUCUCAUGGGUGUAAGUUGUAGCCGUUUGUGCUCCAGUGCACUGACUUUGUGAAGUCCAGAUUAUGGUUGGGUCAGAGACUUAGGACGUUUCAUUUGCUUUUAAAAUUGUGUGUUCUUUCAGACAGUAUUUUUAAAAGCUUAGAAAAAGGUUAAUCUGGAAAGAGCCCUUCCAGACAGAGUUUUCUUUUUUAAAAGGCCUGCUUCCAUUUGUCUGCAAAUCAUGAUUUUCCUUUUUUUAACUAUCCUCCUGAAAUGUAGCAGUAAAUGGUCAUUAGCUGUCUGGCCUCUGUCCCUAUUCCCUUAAGUACUGACCAACAACGCACACUUUCCUGUUCCCUGACCUGCGUUUUAUUCUUUUUUGCUAAGCAUAAGGACCACUGGUUUCAGAAGCAAGAAGUCUGAGUUCUAAUCCUGGCUUUUCUAGUAACUAGUAUGAUGUCCUUUAGCAAAUAGUUUCACGGUCCUGCUUUUUUAGCACUCUUCCAUAUAAAAUAGAGCAACUCACCUAAGAUCCUAUUUCUGUCUGUAAUUCUACAGUUGGGAGCCUUGGUUCCAAAAAUGUUGAUUUCCUCCCCAUUGCUUCCAGAAAGGUUGAAUUGUGUGGUUCUAGCACUAUAACUUCCUUUCUACAUCAUGUAUUCAGAGGGUUCAAACAAACCAAAAACUUCUGGGUCCUACUGAGCUGUUUUGAAGCUUGCUUAACGUGACUGUCCUGGAGAAAUUAGACCUUCCAUGGUCAGAAAAAGGUGUAUGUUAGAGAUCAUAGUAUAAAACUAGAUUACAACAUGGGUUCUUAAACUAAUAGUAAUGCAGUUCCUAACUAGUGGACCAAAACCGAGGCUGUAGCUUCACAGUAGAGCAAUUAGUUAGUAUUCAGAAAUCCUGUUUGGUCUCCAUUACUGGAGGGGGGGGAUUUUUAAAGAAAGAAAUCAAUUUUGAGCUGGGUAUGAUGUACAUGCCUUUAAUCUCAGUGCAUAGGAGGCUAAAGCAAGAAGUUUGCAAGGUCAGAACUAACCUAGAUUAUAUAGCAAAAGUGCAUCUCAAAAAUAAUUGUUAAGAGAUCUGGAAUCUUUUGAGAGCAAAGCUGUUGUAGGAAAUUUGAAACAUUUUUUUAAAAAAUCUUUGCCUUUAAAAAUAAAAACAAAUGUGUCACACAUAUCACAUUUUUUGUUAAUGGCAUGUGAAAUGCAAGCAGAGGAGACUUAGAAAAUCCUUGCCUUGAGGAUUAAGACUGGCUUAGUAUUAGAACCUUGUCUAGCAUGCAUACAGCCCUGGUUUCUAUUCCUGGUUCUUAGAGGUACAGCAACAGCAUCGGGAGUUCAAGGGCAUCCUUACUACAUAGAAUAAGCUCUAGACCAGCCUGCGCUAGAGUAUGGGACCGUUUCACAAAAAAUAGAUUUGCCUAUUCUAAGCCCCAUUUAAUCUUAGAAUUUUUAAAAACUUAAAUAGUGAAACUAAAAAGAGCAAAGCAGAGGGAGCAACAUUUUUGUACUCAAAUUGCACAAAUUUCUCCAUAGAUUCUGGUAAGGUUUCUGGUGUCUUAAGAAUCACUACAAACAAACUAGGAAGAAUCGGACUGUUAAAAGACAUGCACAAAGCAAAGUGAAGCACAACAGGAUUUCCUUUCCGUAUCCAUGUAUUUCUGAUACUAAAGCAGUCACCUUUCCUGUCUGAUAGAAAGAAAGCUGAGAUGUCAGAAGCUGCUGGUUAUUUGGUGAUAGACGUAUAAACACAAUCUCAUCUCAACCCAGUUGCUCAGGCUUCUUUCUGUAAUAAACAGAAGGGAAAAUUUUAGAGAUGUAUAAUCUUUACAUAAAAAUUAAGAUUUUGUUCUGUUUUUGGAUAUUCAAACCAGUCAGGAUAAGGAUCAGCCAUAGAGUGUUUGCCUAAUAUCUGCGAGGCUCUGUGUUUAAAUCCCAGUACAAUGAAUAUUCAUGCCAGUAAAUCAGCUAUACUAACAUUUUUUAUUAAUUAUAAAAUCAGAUUCUUUUCUUUGAUUUUAGGCAGGAUAUAUUUUGUAUGAAAGUGUUUCCCUCCUAGGAAGUGGUGCUCUCAAAAACUUUCAAAGCACAGAAUUUAUUGUGCCCUUUAUACUUUUUAACUAAGUUAAAAUGUUUCACAGUUUGGGAAUUAAAGUGCAGUUCUUAUUUGAGGUUUUCCUGACUUGAGGUCUGGAUUUGGAGUUUGGUUUUGUUUGUUGUCCUCUGUCAUGUAAUGAGAUUCUCAUAAAUAGGUAAUGAUACUGAAUUUCACUAAUGUCAAGGAAUAAAUCCAGAUCAGACUUCUGACUCAGACACAGAUCCUUUUGUAGCAUUCUUCUCCCACUUCAGUCUCUCUGUCUGAGAGGGGUUUCAACCUAGUUGAAAAGUGUUAUAAUCACCUCAGUAACCAGAGAAUGUUUUGGACUGGAGGUGCAUUUUAAGGCCACUGCAAGAAUCAUCUGUUAAGUGUGUGAGUAGAGGAAGGCUUGAUAUGACUAUGAAUGCCUUGAGUCUCCUAAUUUAGGAGUGUUUUCUGUUCUCAUGUUUAUUUGGAGAAUUUAAAGAGUGUUUAGGUUGAAGGUUCUUUUUAGAACUUAUUUAUUUGAAAUUCUUAUUUUUAAUGGCAUGUGUAUAUUUUUGUGAUGCUAUAUGAAAUCUGUAAACUUUUUGUAUAUAUGUGUACAUAUUUUUAAAUAUCUUGGUAUGCAGUGAUGCAGUGUGUGUAUAUUAUAUACCCAUACCCAUUGUGGGCUGAUUUAUUUUAGUUCUGUGAGGACAUCAGAGUGGCAUUGUUCAUGCUACUAUAAUUAGGUUGUGGCUGGAUAUCCUUCACACGCCUCAAUUUUAAGGGGCUUGUGCUGAGAUAAAAUGAGCUCCUUUGGAGUUGAAAUUAAGAUAUGAAGAUGCUAAGAGUAGACUGCAUAUUCUCAGCUUUAAAAUCAUCUACAAACUUCCACUUAAAUUGAUAUUAUUUGCUAGAAACUCGGAAAACUAUGUUUGUGAAACUGAGACACCAGCAGUGUCUUAAUCUAUUAGUUCUUUAUUUUUCUUAGCCCAUAUUUGAGUGUUAGUACUGAGUAGAACUUUGAUGGCUAUUGAAAAAAAUUACCUUGCUCUCACUUGAAAAUAGGAAGUGUCUUUUAGGUUGAGGAAAUAGCCAUGUUUAUCAUUAUAAUAUCUGAUGUUAAAUUUUAAUUUCUGAGUUUUUUCCAGUAUGUCAUUCUAUGUGUCUCUGUGAGGCAAAAGGAGGGACACUAGCAAAAGAUGGCCGAACCUCAGUGGGUUGGAUAGAGGGGAACUGGGUUGUUGAUAAGUGUGUGUGUAGCAGUAUCUGGUUAAGUGAACUUUUCUUACUGGCAUUGCAGAACAAGGAUAAGUCUAUUCAUCUGAAGAAUGCUCAGCAAAUUCAGAGCCUUCACUUUUAUUGCUGAGUUCCCUAGGAAUACAUUUGCUCUACAAUUUAACCAUACAUCCACACACCAAGUAGGUUUCUUAAUAUGAAGUGCCUAAGAGGCUAUGCAAUUCUGGGCUUCUAGCUGAGUGCAAUGUGGGUGGGGGGGUAAUUUGUAAUCCCAGUUCUUAGGAGGGGAAGGUAAAAGAAUCAAGAGUUUGAGGCCAGCUUCUGGUGCAUAGUAAGUUCAGAAGCAGCAUAGGCUACAGAAAACCCUAACUCAAAAAUCACAUAACAGACUUGGGAUGAUGGUGUUGGACACAGUAAAAUUACAGAAAAUAUGUACAGUGCCAAUUUGAAUGUUGGGGUUUUACAAUAUUUUUAGUACAUGUGUUUAUUUGCAUGAAUGAAUGUAAGGAAUAUUUAGACAUACUUUGAUACAUUUACUAAAAAGAAUAAAGUUAUUUCUGCAUUGUAAAAUAUAACUCCAGGGCAACUUUCUACUGUACUUUUCGAAAAACCCAAUCUCUCUUAUUACUUGUUUCAAAGAGAAAAAUCAGUUUGAAUCCAUUUUACCACUUCUAAAAUUAUCACAUUUGCCCCCACCCCUAAUAAAUCAUAACAAUUUUCAAUUAUACUCUUAAAGUUAUCUUUUUCCUGAAAUAAAGAUACAUUAAUGUGGUUCUUUUUCUGAGAAAUCUUUCAAAAAAUGUUCUCAGACUCUAAUGUUUUAACAACCAAAACUUUUUGAAGGUGGAAGAUCAUAUGUUGUUUAAAAUUCAUAAGACAGGCUGGAGAGAUGGCUGAGCAGUUAAUAAGAGCACCUCUUGAGUUUGGUUUUUUGAGACAAGGUCUCUCUGUGUAGCCUCGGCAGUCCUGGGGCUUGCUAUGUAGAGCAGGCUGGCCUUGAACUCACAGAGAUUCUCCUACCUCCACUUUCUGAAUGCUGGGAUUAAAGUCGUGUACCCUCACGCCUGGGCAAGAGGCCUCUUACCAAGAACCUGGGUUUAAUCUCUGCACACACAAAGUUGCUUACAACCUUCAAUUCCAGAGCAUCUGAUAACUUCUCUGGCCUCUGUGGGCACUACAUGCAUGUGCACUGCCUGCAUGUGGGGCAUAGACAUAUAUGCAGGCAAAAUACUCAUACACCUAAGUGUUAAUUUUCUUUUUAAAAAAAUAUAUACUAGGGUAAAGUUCAUACUGUGCCUGUAACUUCUGUCAAACAGUAACAAAGCUGGUAACUUUGCAGUUCAGUAAAAUAUGAAUUGCUGGGAAAACCAAGCCUUUCCCCCCAUAUUCUCCUGAAUGUUUAUGCACACAUUGUCAACUAGUCUUUCCUGAACACUGAAUACUACAUAAUUUAAUAAAAGUAAGAUGACCCAUCUUCUUCAGACUAGGCCUUCCAAACAAAACUAUACUUAAGUCCCAUCCUCACUGAGUUCUGAGCACAAAAAUGUAAUUUUCAACAUGUAUUAUAUCUAAUGGAGAAUAAUUUAUGUGAAGAUGGGAUCAAUCACCUGCUUACAGAAAAGGAAUGAUGUAGGAGAACAUACAAUUAAAUAAGGAUAAAUGUAUUAAGUAUAACUAAUUUGGUACCAUACAAAUAUUUUCUUUGGAAUUUUUAAUGUUUUCUUAAGUGAAAAUCAGUUUAGAGUUUCAUUUUUCUACACUUAUUCAUAACUGUAACACCAUUUCAUAAUUUUAAAAUAUUUUAUUUUUGUGGUUUUCAAAUUUUAAGUUUGCAGACUACUCAAAGCAGUGGUUUGAGUUUUUGUUUUGUUUAUACUGGCAGUAGAUUCAGUUUUUAAAACAGUUUAAAGUAUAUUACAUUGCAUUUGACAGAUUUGCUUACAGACUCAGUCUGAAUUUGGUCACAAAACAAUUUACAAAUUGUAAAUAUUUUUCCUUUUAAGUGGACAAUUCUAGUUUGUAUCUUAAGACAAUCAUCUUUUUAUAUUGUAGUAUUGUUUGUGGCAAUAUCAUUAAUUUCAGAUUUUACUUUUCUCAGAUCUCAGACUUAACUUUUUAAAUUUUCAUUCUUAUGAAAUGAAAAUUAAUGAAGUGAGUUACAUCAUUUUCAAAUUAAAAAGAGGAAUUAUGGCUAGGUUUUUUAUGUCUGCAGUGAAAGGUAACUAAAAUUUUUAUACUUUUGUACAUAUCACUGUUUUCCCCCUGUUUAAAACUGUCACUAAUGUCCUUCGGUCCCUGGUUCAACAGUGAUUUAUAAACAUCAGAGUUUGAACCAUGAAUUUUCAAGCAUGAAACCAGCAUAAAUAGCCAUUAUAAAAUGCCAAAUGUUGUUACUCUUUUCCCAGUAAACAUUUCCCAAUCACAGAGAAAUGCCACUGUAUAUUUAUAGAAUCUUACUCCCAUUCUCUUUUGCAUGCCACUGAUUUUUUUUUCCUAAAUUAAAAGUAUGCAGUGGUGUAUUUUAAAGUCUUCAGGGGGAAAAGAACUACUUAAAGUGUUGUAACAUAAGUUCUGUUACUGUUUCCUGAGGAAUGGGUUUGUUUUUUAAGAAUUAUUAUAUCAUUAAAUUACAUUGUGUGGUUCAGCACAAUAAUUUAGAACUUGAUUUAUAUGGCCAUUUGUAGUUGUAUAGAAGCAUUCUUUUUACCACAUAAACCAUAAUCACUUGUUUUCCAAGUUUUUUUUUUUUUUAAAUAAGCCUUGCUCUUCAACUGGAGUCCUAUAUGGUGUGGGAUUCUUAAAAUUGAGGCAGGAAGGUCUUACAUAGUAAGAAAUGCUUAGUAGAGAUUACAGGAGAAGGAAUUUUCCCAGAAAAGUUACCCUCAUCUUGUAGCACCAAUAUGAGUAGUAGUUGCAUUUGUCACUGAAUCAGAUGAAGUAGUUAGAAGUCAUAUAUUUUUACUUUGCUAUAAAGAUGAGUAUAACUAAUUUUAGAGAACUUUGUUAUUUUCUGAGUAGUUUCCAUUUUAAGACUUAGUGUCAAUUAACUUUAUUCAAAGUAUCACUAAAGGUUAAUUAAAUCAAGUUGUUUUUUUUUUUAAGUUCUGUUGAUCUUCUUUUGCCCUGAAAUUAAUGGUGAACCUGUUGUCUACACUAUGUUAGGCAGAAAUGCACUUGUUGAAAUAGCAGAAACUAUACUUGACUUUCUAGUAGUGUGAAACACUUUGUUUUUAAUGUGCUUGUCUGUAACUGAAAUGUUAUAGCAUUGUAACACUGUAGGGAUUAUAGAGUUAUAUUUAUUAGCUCUUAACAGACUGAAGCACAAUAAUUUUCAUGUAACAAUCCUUAUCCAAGUGCUCUCUGUCGUACUAAUAAAGCUGAUUGCCUAUCUAGUUGUUCACAGAUCACUAUGAUCCUUGAGACAGUCUUGUUCAUUUGUAUUAAAAUUUGGGUAUUGUGAGUUAAUACUUUAAAAUAAACCUGUCAAAUCAGCUCUGUUAUGCAGUAAACUUUAGAUUCACAAUUUUUAUGUUACUGGUCAAUUUUGAAGAGACUUCACAGUGACUAAGGGGGAAAUUCUAUCGAAUCAUUUGACUUGAACAUUUGUAUUGUAAAAGUAUUGUCUGUGGUGUUUCUAAAUUACUUAAACCAUACAUUCUCUUAAGGGUUUUUUUUUUCCAGUAGUGAUUUUCUGCUUUUGUCUGUUACAAUUAAUAUUUUAUAGACCUUAGAAACUCUGUCAAAUUCUUGAACAUUUCUUUUCUUGAGUUGAUCACUUAACUCUUGUAUGUGAUUUGUCUUGAAGGAUGUGAGCCUUUCACGUCACUACAAGAAUUUCAGAGUAAACACUGUGAUUCUACAGAGCAGAUUCCAUAGACGUUCCAAUACUCUUAAUUGUUACACAGUGCCUGUCACUUUGAGGGCACAUAAAUACUAGGAUGGAAUAUAAAACGUUGUUUUGAUGUUUGUUAACAAGACUACAGAAUAUUUGGGCUUUUUUUUUUGUGGUCAGUGUAAUAAAGAACUUUGCAUUGAUAUUAUCUAGGAAUGUGUAUACAUUCAUCUAGUGUGAACUCUUGUAAAUGAAUUUUGUAUCUUGAAUUACGUAUAUAUUAAGUGUAUCAUCAAUAUAAAAAAAUAAACAUUAUUUGCUUAAAGUUUUGUA